AUGAGCGACGGAUCUUCAUUCUCUUUGAUUACGUUCUCUUAUAAUCGAAAUGAAAGAGAUCAUAUUGUAGUGAUUCCAUUUAAUCUGAUGCUGGAUAACUUUGCAAGGCCAAUUAACAGUUGCCAAAGUACGAGAACUUUUUGGAAAGUUGAUUUAUUCAAUGAAUCUGGUCCAGAGUGUAACGCUUAUCGCCAAACUGUCCAUUUUCAGGUAAGGUCAAUACGUAGAGACUUUAGUGGUUAUUAUCUUACAAAUAUUCUAACUGGAAACUGGACUCGAAUAAUCGAUUUUAUUCCAUUGGCUCUCGAUGCGACUCCAGGUUAUGUUUUCCUCGUUCUUUCCUCUGACAGUAAUUUUACCAGAUAUCGAUAUUCAAUGCACUUUGUCAAUGCAACUUAUUCUGUCUUUCCCCACCCGAACGAAACUACUUUCACUCAUCCUAAUAUCGGUAAUGCAAAUCGAAUAAUUUCACAAAUUUAUUACUAUGGUUUUACUCAUCCACGAGUCAUAAUUACACUUAAUCAGUAUUCUUACACUGAUUCAAUUGUUUUGUGUCCAUUUCUAAACAAUUCAUGUAUUGAUUGUUUUACAACCAAAGUUUUUAAUCCGAAUGGUAAUUUUCUUCGAUAUUGUCAAUGGAGACGAGGAAGUUCAUUAUCAUUGGGUGAAUGCUCAAUCGGUGAUACAAAUUCUUCUACUUCAAGAGAAACUACACUUACGAAUCAAACAGUAAAUCCAUGUUUCAGUCCAACUAAUAUCCAAAUAGACUACACUCCUGAUGAACUGACAUUUGAUUUAAGCUUCGAACUCCUUGGUUUCCAUUCAAGAUAUGCAAAUAUUUUCCCCUUGAACUUCACUUUAGUCAACAUUACAACACUUUCAUUCAUAGAAAACUGUACUGUUGUGAGGUAUAAAGAGUCAAAGAUUUAUCUCAACUGUAAUCGGGUGAAUUCUGGUCAAUAUCAAUUAUCGAUUCUUAUGCUCAGACGACGAGGUCCAUUUGGAACAGGAGACAUUGAUAACUUGAUCACUUAUAGUGAUCCUUUUACCAUCGAUUCACCCUCAUCUCUUUAUAUCCUGUUGAUAAUAUUACGAGUUUUCUCCUUUACUAUCUCAGUGAUCGUUCUCAUUGUAUUUCAUUAUUUUUUAUUUUUUUCGUUGUAUUUUAAAACCAAAACCUCCGUCAUAUCAAAACAUAACAAAACAACGAGAAAAGAGUCUUUUGAAAAAAAAGUCUAA